AUGGCUUUACUACACAACAUGUCAGAAGAGUGUUUAAAAACCGAACUGGAUCUGUUCACAGUGCCGUUGACUCAAACUGCUAUUGAAAAAAAUACUUAUAUAGAAGUACCACCAUUAUCAGCGAUAUCGGACUCAUCACCUUUGGAGUUUUUUAUCGCGGGUACUGGAGAGGAUUAUGUAGACCUAAACAACACAUUGGUGUUUUUGCUUCUCAAAAUCACUAAUGCUGAUGGCGUAGAUAUUGAAAAUGGAGCCCCAGUGGGUCUUAUUAACUAUGCAGGGGCAACAGUAUUUUCACAAGUGGAUGUGUCGCUUGGAGACCAUCUUAUAUCACAGAGUUCUAGCACACAUCCUUAUCGAUGCAUAAUAGAAUGUCUUACCAAUUAUGGUAAAGAUGCCCUUGAAACGCUUUUCUCUGCAGGGCUCUUUUACAAAGACACGGCUGGUCAUAUGGAUGUGGCAGACCCAGCUGGGGGUAAUCGCAGUCUGACAAAGAGAGUGGCCUUUACCAACGGUAGUAAUGUGGUUGAGCUACUCGCACCCGUUCACAGUGAUAUUUUCUUUCAAGAAAAACUGAUGCUUAACGGGGUGGACAUUAAAAUUCGCAUGACGAGAGGUAAAGAUGAAUUCUGCUUGAUGAGGAGCGACGCUGUAGCCUAUAAACUAAACAUCCUGUCAGCCUCGCUAUUUGUGAAAAAAGUGUCUGUAUCACCAGCUGUGAGAUUGGGGCAUGCACAAGAACUGAUCUCAACAACUGCCAAGUACCUCAUCGACAGAGUGUGCCUGAAAAACUUCUCAAUUCCGGCAGGCUCAUGUGUCUGCAAUCAAGAAAACGUAUUCUUAGGAACUCUACCAAAAUCUGUUGUUCUAGCGAUGACUGAUAAUGAUACAUUUACAGGAUCCUAUAAUAAAAAUCCAUUUGCAUUUAAAAACUAUGACCUAGAAUUUUUGGCUAUUUAUCUGGAUGGACAACAGCACCCAGCGAAGCCUCUGCAGCCUGAAUAUGAAAGUGGUUCUGCAGUGCGGGAAUUUUAUCAGUUAGCGUUGACUUCUGGAAAUCAUCUUAAAAAUCAGGCUCUUAUCUAUUGA